ACUCGUUUCUCUUCCCCCCCCCCCCCCCCAGCUCGGCUCCCUCUGCUUUCCCCUGCGCCUGGCCGCAGGAGCAACGUCAUCGUCCUUCCCGUCACCUCCGAUGGGGAACCCGCCCGAGUUGUACCACAAGAUCCUCAACAUCCCCAAGGACACCUCGCCGCAGGAAAUCCGCGCCGCGUACAAGAACCUCGUCAAGAAAUGGCACCCCGACAAGCACCCGCCGUCGUCCAAGCCCGAGGCCGAGGCGCGCUUCAAGGCCAUCAGCGAGGCCUACGAGGCGCUCCUGGACCAGCAGGAGAACAGGGCGGUGUUCGGGCUGUGCAACGACGGCCGGGCGGGCGAGAGGGCGGGCGGGGCGUUCGGCGGCGGCCUCGGCGGCGGCGUCGGGCCGCGCAUGGAGAGGACGCGCAGCGACGACUUCUGCACGAGGAGCGCGCCCGGCACGCCUGCGAGGGAGUUCAAGAAGGUGUACAGCUCCGGCAACUCGGGCGGGCGGCGCGCCUUCGCCGAGUUCUCCAGCUCCAUCAUGCGCAAGGCGCCGCCGCUGGAGCGCAAGCUCGAGUGCACCCUCGAGGAGCUCUGCCGCGGCUGCAAGAAGGAGGUCAAGUUCACCCGCGACGUCGUCACCAAGAACGGGUCAAUUGUUAAGAAGGAGGUGACCCAGGCGGUCGUGGUGAAGCCGGGGUGGAGGAAAGGGAAGCAGGUCGUGUUCGAAGGCAUGGGGGACGAGCGGCCGGGCUGCCUGCCCGCUGACGCGAUCUUCACCGUGUCCGAGAAGAAGCACCCGACGUUCAAGCGCGUGGGCAACGACCUGGUGCUCAAGGCCGAGGUGCCGCUGGCGGGCGCGCUCACGGGCUGGUCCUUCUCGUUCCGGCUCCUGAGCGGCAAGAAGGUGAGCCUCGCGUUCCAGGACGAGGUCGUCUGCCCCGGGUUCGAGAAGGUGAUCAAGGGCGAAGGCAUGCCGAUCCCCGAGCAGAAGGGCGCGCGCGGCGACCUCAAGGUGAAGCUGGAGGUCGUCUUCCCCAAGGAGCUCACCGACGAGCAGCGCGCCGGCCUCGCCGAGAUCCUGAAAGGCUCCUGCUGAUGAUCCGGAUCGGUCGACCGAGCUCGUGGUGGCGCCGGCGCCGGGACCGACGACCGUAUCAAGUUUUCUUGGCCGUUUGUUAAUAGUCAUAUCAUAGCGCGUGAGUACAUAAAAGAAAGAGAGAGGGAGGGAGGGAGACGUCGUUGUACAUACAGGUUUUCUAUAUGAUAUGAAGCGUGAGCCAAGCAAGCCUUCCGUGGAUA